CAGUUCAAUAAAGCUCCAAACGAAAAUAAACAAACGCGUAUCAUGUCAUUUAAAAUUGUGGCAAUUAUUGUAGUUUUGAUUGGUUUUAACCAAUUCGGGAUGGCAAACAGGCAUUACAAUAUUGAGUUGCACAACUUAUCCUGCGCUAAGUCAGAAGCACGUCUUAAAGAAUUCAAUUGCAGCUUCCAACAAACUGCACCUAAUCGCUACAAUGUGUCUGUUAGCUUUUUACUUUAUCGUCAACUGUCGUCAAAAGCCGAAGCUCGGUUAUUGAUUCACAUUAAAUCUAAGAAGAGCAUGAAAGCACUGAAAUUUUUCGAUGCCAAGCUGAAUUUAUGUGAUCUGUUGCAUAAGCAAAUACCUUUUCCAUUGGUUAGGGAUAUUUUUUUGGAAGCUUCAAGAAGCAUCAAUGCUCCCAUGGCCUGCCCUGUGAGAACGGAUUUCUUAUAUAAUAUUUCGAAUUUUCGUUUAUCCGAGAACUUUUAUCCUACUUAUACCAUACUGGUCGAAUACAAUGUAAGCUUAAUCUUUUACGAAGACAAUGUCUCGUUUGCCAGUUUUCGUUUGCAAGGCGCCACUACAGCAAAGAAUUCUUAAAUUUUUGAUUGCACAAAUUAACUGUAUGACUUCCUUGUAAUUAAAAUGGUUUGUGUUAAAAUUCCUUUUUGCUAGAAAAUAAUC